AAUUCGCAAUAUAAUUUUCAGUGUCCACGAUUCAAAACGGUUUUCCACUCAAUUCUCCAUGGAGUAUUUUUUGCUAAUCAAUUAUUUCAUUAUUUCAAGAGUUUUUUUUGCAUCGGCGAUACCGCCCUUCGAUUUAAUUUUUCCAGGUACGAAAUGGUGUGGAAAGGGUGAUGUUGCUGAAGAUAAACAUGAUCUAGGGUGGUUUGAACAAACGGAUGAGUGCUGUAAGAAUCAUGAUGGCUGUCCUAAUUACGUCGCUGGUGGCGAGACUAGAUUCGGACUCCACAAUUCAGGAUUAAUUACGAUAGCUGAAUGCAAGUGCGAUGAACAGUACUUAAGAUUUUUGAGAGACGUAGUAAUUGGAAAAUCGAGUGUUAAAUAUUUUGCUAAUUGUGAUAGAAUUCUUAUCUAA